AUGGAGCUCUAUGACGAUGCGACGCAGGUAGAUCGAGAGCGGGAGCGCGAACGUCGUCAUUUGGACGGCCACUCGGCGGACGGUUCCACGGAGGGUUGGAGCAGCAGCAACGGUCCGAACGAUGGUGUGGCGACGGUCCGCUCCCGCAACUCGCGCCGCCUUUCCGUCAGUUUUGCCCAAGAGGCUCCCUCGAUCAUGGGCGAUUCUAGCAGUGGCAGCGUGGGCAGCUCAAGCAGUCCAUCCAUCACCCUGCCAUCACAAAAUCAGAGUCAGGCUCCUCAGAGCGCUCCUCCUCGUUUCGGAUCUGCACUUCCUACCAGUCCUCCAGUGUCGCAAAUCAUGUCUCCAAGCAGCAGCUUUAGAGAGUCUGGCGCCUCUCGCAAAAAAUCAUCAGCCGCAAGUCUGAUCGCCAAUAGCGCAAUGGGAGCACUGUCUGGCAGACCGGCCAGUUACAUCGAGUACGACCCAUGGAACAAUUUGCAUGUCGUCUCUCCGGGCAUCGAGGUGGACAAUCCGCUAUCGAAUCGCAGCGACGGCAAAAAGGUUGCUCGCUCUGGCAGCCUCAGACCCUCUAGUCCAGUCACCUCCAAGGCUUUUCCUGGAGCGAAAAGGGCGCCAAGCGCAAACAAUGCUGCGAUUGUCGGCAAAGCCAGGUCCGGGUCCAUUACGGAUGGCCCGUCAGCGGUCUUGUCAUCUUCCCCUCUGCUCGAGCGGUCUCGCACCGUCUCGGCUGCGACGUCGAGCAGCAGCAGACAUCGACCGGCAAGCCUGAUUUCCGACUCGGACGUCGCCAUUCAACGAGAAAUCGACUAUGGCAGCAAAUCGAGCAGGAGAAAGCAGUCCAAAGGUCAAAGGCGCGAGGCAUCUGACGCGAGCUCGGCUUCAGGCGCAGGCGAGGGUCAGGGUCUCGACGAGGAAGAGGAGCUCAAGCUGCCAGACAGACCCACGGCUCCUCUAGAUGUGGCCCCUCAGCUCGAGAAUCUGGAUGACGCGCAGCGGCGGUCAUUCUUGGAAGAGUACGGUCUGGCUCUGGAAGCAGCGAAAAAGGCUCAAAAAGAGGGCAAGGGCGUCGGCUUGCUCAGAAAAGCUUUCCGGUCGAGACCCAUCAGUCAACGCUCGGGCAGCAGCGAUGGAAAUCGGCCCGCUUCCGAUGUCGAGAUGGUGCAGGGAGAUGCAGGGUCUGCAAGCAGCAAUGAGAGGGGCAUCUCUUAUGAUGAACCCACUCAUCGUCAGGUGCUUGACGCUAGCGAUGCCUCGCAAGUCGCAGGACCUGGCCAUCAGAGCGCAGGCGUGGCAGCGACAUGGCCGAACAAGCAGCCAGACUCUGAGUCGAGACAUUACAACGACGUUGCUCCCAUGCCUGUGCGCUACUCCGAAGAAUCGACGGACAGCUCGUUGAGCCACAGGCACACCUCGCUGGACUACACCAGCGGAGAAGGCUCUUCGUCACGAGAUGGCAAUUCCAUCUUUUCUGACAACACCAGCGAAUUGCACAGCGUGCAGAUGAUUGGGAGUAAGCACAGUGACGGCGGCUUCGGGAAAGGUGAACACCGCGCAGUGACAACAGAGAACAAGGCGACACUCCUCUCUCCCGCAUCUCCAGAUUCACCCAAAUCAGGCGUCAUCACACCCUUGGCUUCGCUUUCGUCCAUGGUGCAGCAAUCUCCAAGCAGGCGCGAAGCUCUGCUGCAAGCGCGAGGUGCGACGCCCGCGACCAUAGCUUCGCAAUACGACGAUGAUGCAGAAGUGGAUGGAGAUUCUUGGGCUAGUGAAAGCAGCGGCGUACCUUCACUGCGAGAGUUUGAGCUGCACAUCGAGCCUCAACGUACCGACAACGGCUUCGAUGGUCAUGUCGAUUUCCAGGGCGAUGCUGCUCAUCAUCGCGAUGGUGACGCAGAGUCUUUGCUCGAUCCAGUCUUUGAUUCGCACAAGCACACCAUCAUCAGUCCACAGCAAGUCUCGCUUCUAGACCAGAGCCGUGAACCCUUGCGGGGCGCUCGGAGCGUCGGUGAUGCCAGGGGAGUAGUCGCGUUGGAGGAUGACGCCAGCGACUGGGCUUCGAUAGCGAGCAACGAUGACGACGGCAGGCGGGCUGACGACGACGACGACGACGACGACGAUGAGGACGAUGCGCACACCAUUGACCACCACGCUCUGGAUCGACAUCUUGGAUUGUUGACUCAGAUGUCAGACAGGUCGCCAAGGGCGAGCCGAGAGGAUCAGGACGAUGAUGACGAUGCUCGUAGCGUCGAUACCAUCGACGACAACGCUCGUACGCCACACCGAACGCCCACACUGUCUCGCACCCCCACCAUCACCGCGGAGCCUGCGGCGCCUGCCAACAAGACUAAGAAUGCAAAUGCAAAACAACGUGGUAGACGCUCCACGGGCGCGUUGCUGGGCAGGAAGCGCAGUGCAGAGCCUGUGUCGGACUUUGUGUCAUCCGAGUCGGAUGUCGAAGAUUUGGAGGAGGAAGUUGCUCCUGCGGGUGAUGGUCUUGGCGACGAGUCGCGGCAAGUCCCACCACCCGCGCUACAGGUCAAUGUGAACACCUCGGAUGAUGGCAUGCCCUCGAUCUCACCUGCAAGCUCAGACGAUCUGGACGUCGACUACUUUUUGAGUAGAUUUGGAAAGGACAUAAUCGAGGUCAGAGCAGACGGACUUCCUGAGCUGUCCGGCGACCUGAUGCACCUGCCUACGAUGGAAGAAUGGCGGGAUUCCUCGACAGGCCAAAUUGAUUAUGCUGGUCUUGCAAUCGCGUACAUCACUGCCCUCUGCUCCUUCCUAUCUCCACCUAGGAUGCUCAGUAUUCGGGCACCUCGCUCUGCCAGCGUCGUCAAGCGCACACAGGAGCAUUCCACCGUCGCUUCGGCCAAUUCGCUCAGAGCCGAGUGUGAGCGCCUCUACACGACCGCGUUGCCCGCGUAUCAAGGCAUGUUCAACACGCUUCGUUCCUUGUGGAGAUGGGACAGCUACAUGCGUAGCGGCACUUGUGCAGCAGUCUAUAUCGUGUGCUGGCAACAGGGAGUGCUUCUUAUUGCUAGCCUUGCCACGCUCACCCUCCUCACGCUGAGGCUGCGUGGCCUCUCUCCACCCCAUGCAUCUACCAGCGUCGAGACUGGAAGACAGACAAAGCUUGUCCAGAUUACGCAAGCCGGAGCCGAAGCGGGGUCGCUGGAUGACGCUAUAGCUUCGAAUGCUCAGAACCUGAAAAAAGUCGUGAACGGGCUGUCGGAUCUGCACGAACGGCUGGUCAACUUUGCCUAUUGGCGUUCUCCAGCCGCAACGCUUCGCACCUUGCUCUUUCUCACUCUUUGCGCUCUGCCCACUCUCCUAUUGAGCCCGUCCAUUUUGUCCCGUUUGCCCGGUCUCUUGCUGGGAUUGGCCUUUUUUGCGCUCGGGCCGAUCAUCGAACAAAAGCCAGAGUGGAUUGAUCCUGCCUGGUACAAUCCCUUUGCGUUUCUGCUGGCUGGUGUGCCUACGCGCGCACAGCACGCGUGCCAAUUGCUUCGAGUCCGAGCUUCCACUCGGGAAUGCUGGAGCGCGGAGCGCAGUGCGCUGGCGAUGGACGCGGGACAGGCCACGGAUGAAAAGCUUCAGCUUCAGUUUCAAGUCCAAGAGCGGCUCAUCAAGCAGCAGCUCGAUGAUCGCUCUCAAACGGCCGCCACCUACUUUCGAGCCACGCACGACGGGAUCACGGGUCGCUUGCGCCUCACCUCGACUCGCCUCUCUUUCGUCUACCUGCAAAGCGCAAGCGGUAAACCGCUGUCCGAGUCGAAUAGCAAAGCUGCCACACCCAUCACCAUUCAAGACGUGGACAGCGCACAAGCUCGCACCUCGUUCGACGUGCGACUGGAAAGCUUGGCAUGCCUGAGCAAAAUCGCCAAGCCGAACGCAGCGGAUGGAGGCAGCCUGCUUAUUUCUUUGAGGAAUCGCAAGGUGAGUAGGCGAUCCAUUCGGCUUGCUUUUCCCAAUUGCGCAAAACUGUCUUUGCCCUGCCUCUUUGCAAACGCGCGAACGAGGGACAAGCUGACCAAGCCAAGCCCCCUGAUUUUGCCUGCCUGCCUGCCUGCGCCUCUUGCCGCCGAGCAGCUCACGUAUGAGGUGUCGGACAUGCCUCAUCGAGACGAAGCUUUCAAUUGCCUUCUCGCUCUUGCGCCUGUCCCUUGGCGCAGCGUGUAA